UUAUUUUCAUUCUUUCGUCGUUGUCAACUCAUUCUCGGCGAUGCUUCGUCCCGAUUGAUUUGAUUCCGACUGAUGGAUUGAUCGGGUCCGUCCAUGUCUGGUUCAGUCGGCUCCGCCGUCGCAUUUCUCUCCCGCAACCUCACCUUGAGCUUCCUCCUCCCUCCUCCUUCAAGAGCUUCUGUAAGUAUCGCAAUCGGAAGAUUUCGUCGUCGAAUCGACUUGACUGCCAAAUUUCGACGAGCAAUGUUGUUAGAGAGAGAUUGUUUGACCCGUCAGGCAUGAUAGCUAUGUUAGAAGAAGAGAUCCUGAUCCAUCUUCUGGAGCUGAAGCUGGAAUUCUAGGCGAUACGGUUGAACGAGAGUUCUGCUGGGAGGGAAGGGGAAAUGGCGUCCCGAGCGAGCACCAGCGGGAGAACGCGUGUGGGGAAGUACGAGCUCGGGAGGACGCUCGGAGAAGGAACGUUUGCGAAGGUGAAGUUAGCAAGGAACGCCGAAACCGGAGAGAGCGUUGCCAUCAAGAUCCUCGAGAAGGAUAAGAUUCUCAAGCAUAAAAUGAUCGCUCAGAUAAAACGUGAGAUUUCGACAAUGAAGUUGAUUAGACAUCCAAAUGUCAUCCGCAUGUAUGAGGUUAGACAGCAGAGCAUCUGGUUUUUUCUCCAAAGCAAUGUGAUGGCUAGUAAGACGAAGAUAUAUAUCGUUUUGGAGCUUGUCACGGGCGGUGAGCUUUUUGACAAAAUUGCAAGUAAAGGGAGGUUAAAAGAAGAUGAAGCUAGAAAGUAUUUCCAACAGCUUAUCAAUGCUGUUGAUUACUGCCACAGCAGAGGGGCUUUCCAUAGAGACCUUAAGCCAGAGAAUUUAUUGCUCGAUGCGAAUGGAGUCCUGAAAGUCUCGGAUUUUGGAUUGAGUGCCCUAGCUCAGCAAGUUCGGGAAGAUGGAUUGCUCCAUACAACUUGCGGGACACCAAAUUAUGUUGCUCCUGAGGUGAUUAAUGACAAAGGGUAUGAUGGAGCAAAGGCAGAUUUAUGGUCAUGUGGGGUAAUCCUUUUUGUCCUAAUGGCUGGUUACUUGCCAUUUGAAGAAGCCAACCUCAUGGCACUAUACAAAAAGAUUUUUAGAGCGGACUUCUCAUGUCCUCCAUGGUUCUCCUCCAGCUUAAGGAAGCUCAUCAAAAAAAUUUUGGAGCCUAAUCCCGUCAAACGUGUUUCAAUAGCAGAGGUCAUUGAGGAUGAGUGGUUUAAAAAAGGGUAUAAGCCUCCAAGUUUUCAACCAUCUGACAUCAGUCUCGAUGAUGUUGAUGCCAUAUUUACUGAGUCAGGGGAACCUCAAAACCUUGUGAUGGAAAGGCAGGAAUACGGUUCUAUUACUCCCGUGACUAUGAAUGCUUUUGAGCUGAUCUCUAAAUCCCAGGGACUUAACCUCAAUACACUUUUUGAAAAACAAAUGGGAAUUAUCAAAAGAGAAACGAGGUUCACUUCUAAAUGCUCAGUUGAUCAGAUACUUGCAAAGAUCGAGGAAGCUGCUACGCCAAUGGGUUUUGAUGUCAAGAAAAAUAAUUUCAAGAUAAAGCUGCUGGCAGAGACAAAUGGAAGGAAGGGUCAUUUAGCUGUUGCGACAGAGAUUUUUGAGAUGGCACCUUCACUUUACAUGGUCGAGGUUCGCAAGUCGGGAGGAGAUACCUUGGAGUUUCACAAGUUCUACAAGAUGCUCUCGGCAGGGCUGAAGGAUAUUGUUUGGAAAGCAGAAACAAUAGCUGAAGAAAGUGAUGGUUAGUCUCCACCAUUUAUAUGCGCUUUGAAUGAACUUCCGAAUACUUGCGCUAUGUAUAUUGACCCAUAUUAUUUCUGUGGAAGAUAUUCAAGAAUAUGAACGAUGAUUGGAUGUGAAUAAUUGUACCCGAAUAGUGUUAUACUUGUCAUUCUUUGUUAUAUAAACAGCCAUUUCGAAUAAA